GUCACAAAGGUUUUGGUGCUGCGUUAGAUCAGAGGAGUGAAAACCCAGCUAAUUUGAGGUAUUUAAGGUCAAAGAUCGGGAAAUAUUUUUUAAGCCCACGGGCAACAAAGUCCUUAACUAAUGAAGUUGAUUGCUGCGUUAGUUAUAUGCCUAAAAAUCAUCUCUUUGUUUGAAGACUCUGUCGGUUCGACGAUAACUUCCUGGGAACAUCGUAUUCGAGCGGACCUCCUGAGGAAUUAUGACAGAAAAGUCCGCCCAGUGUUAAAGGGAAAAAGAGAAGCUGAGGUGUUGUUUGCGCUUAGAAUCAGUCGACUUGUGAAAGUGGAUAAUAAAGAACAAGUAGUGGUUUUAGACACUUGGGUCAUACAGAGUUGGAGAAAUGAAUUCCUAACGUGGAAUUCAAGCAAGUACGGUGACUUACAACGCGUCCAUUUCUCUCCUGAAGAAAUCUGGGUCCCAGAUACGGCACUUUUUAACAAUGGUGAUGACAAAAUCAACCUUGCUGGAGGGCCAACCAAGUUUGUCACAGACGUCAGUGUGAACAAUAAAGGGAAAUGUGUUUGGAGUGGACCAGCUACUUUUAAGGUCAACUGUGAGAUGAAAGUAGAUGAAUGGCCAUUUGACGAACAAACUUGUGAACUAGCAUUUGGUUCGUUCUCUUACGGAAAAAACCUUCUGAGACUUAAAUUGUUUAAGGAAGAAAGGAGAUUUACAAAUCGCUUUGUGAAAAGUGGAGAUUGGGAAAUAACAAACAUCACAGCUAAAAUAUCCGAGACUGAUCACGGGAACUGUUGUCCAUUUAACUUCAGCGAAGCGGUGUACACUCUGGAAAUGAAACGGAAAUAUCUCUACUACAUGUUCUACUUGUUUACUCCGACUGUUCUUCUGACGAUUCUUGCACUCAGCAGCUUCCUGAUCCAUGUUGAAAGCGGCGAACGCAUCGGUUUUGUCACAACCAUCCUGUUAGCCAUGACUGUGUUUCUCCUUCUAAUUCCGUCUUUCCUUCCGGUUACCUCAGAUGGCAUCCCAAUCUUGGGUAUUAACCUUCAGGUUACCAUGAUCUUAAUUGCAGCAGUCCUUUUCGCCAAUAUUUUUGUCCUGAGGGUUUAUUUCAAGGAGGGAACGCCACCAAACUGGAUGGAGAAACUCUGCAGCUUUAAAAAGGGGUCAAGAGUGAGGCGAAUCCAUUUGCCACAGCCAGAUAGCACUUACCCUCUGGCCUUGAAAUCCUCUAUGACGACUGGUAUCGAGGCGUCUGAAUGCACAAGAACCCCAGCAUUUGCACAACCGCUAGAAGUCCAGGAGUUCACGUGGCGGAGGGUGUCUGCCAGAAUGGAUCUCGUGUUCUUCGUACUUUUCAUUAUUGCUUCGUCUAUCGCCUAUGCCUUGACAUUUAGUGGAUAAUUAUGUCAAUGUUAUAACAUUGCUGUUACAUAAAAGUUUUAAGGAGAAUGUUCUAUAAACCAUGUGAAGUUUUAAAAAUUAAUUAUUAAUUAAUUAUUUAAAAUGUAUACGUAAAAUUACAAAUCUGAAACGUUUAUGAAAACACCAAGGGUAACCUGUCCUUUCGAGUUAUCUUCCGAAUGCCAACGUUCGAAUGGAAUUCAGGGUCGUCGUGCGUGUGCGGCCAGGUUACUUAGUUGCUUCAGACGCCGCCAUUUUGUUAGGAGGCUUUUCGGAAUCUUAAUAAAAGAUAAGUAACAUCUGUUUGUUCGUGGUUCACCUGAAAAUUUUUCAUGAUUGAUUCUCGAACAUGUCGAUGAAUUAAUCUCUCUGCCAAUUAUGUCGUAGUUUCCAUAUUUAUCCCAACAAUUUUUGCUUGUUAUCGUUUUUCCGUUGGAAAAAACUUCAAAGAGCAGAUUGAAGUCUAAAAAGAUAGCUUUCUUAUCGUAUCGUUAUUUUCCCUUAGCACACACAAAAAAAGAUUUACGUGUAAAGAUAGAUGACUUAAGUCUU